CGUGAGCCCAUUCCAGCCAAGAUGGCGAGCGGAGGGGUCUCGGUGGCUUUGCUGUGGACCGAAGUGAACCGUUGCGAGCAGAAUGGAGACUUUACGAGAGCCCUGAAAGCCGUGAAUAAAAUUCUCCACGAGAACAGGGACGACGUGACGGCUCUUCACUGUAAGACGGUUUGCCUCGUUCAGACCGGCAGCUUCAAAGAGGCGCUGAACUUCAUGAACACGCACUCCAAAGUGCUCGGCAGUGACGUUGUGUUUGAGAAGGCGUACAGCGAGUACCGGCUGAACCGAGUGGAAAGCGCCCUGAAGACCAUCGAGGCUGCUCCCGAGCAAACGGACAAGCUGAAGGAGCUCUACGGUCAAGUGUUGUACAGACUGGAGCGCUACGACGACUGCAAGUCGGUGUACACGGAUCUGAUCAGGAACUCCCAGGAUGAGUACGAGGAGGAGAGGAAGACCAACCUCGCUGCUGUGGUGGCGUCGAUGAGUCAGUGGGAGGAAGCGCCAUUGGAAGAUCUCGGUCUUCCCGAGUCCACGUAUGAGCUGUGCUACAACGCCGCCUGCGCUCUGAUUGGCCAGGGACAGCUCACGGAGUCCUUCAAUAAACUACGGCAAGCGGAGGAGCUUUGCAGAGUCUCAUUGGCAGAUGAUUCUGACGUGACGGAGGAGGACAUCGAGUCUGAGCUCGCCGUCAUUCACUCUCAGAUGGCGUACGUCAUGCAGCUCCAGGGUCGGACGGACGAGGCGCUGCAGCUCUACAACCAGGUCAUCAAGCUCAAGCCGUCGGAUGUGGGGCUGCUCGCUGUGACCGCCAACAAUAUCAUCACAAUCAAUAAGGACCAAAACGUGUUCGACUCCAAGAAGAAGGUGAAACUGACAAACGCCGAAGGCGUCGAGUACAAGCUGGCGAGGAAGCAGCUGCAGGCCAUCGACUUCAACAAAGCCCUCCUGGCCAUGUACACCAACCAGGCGGACCAGUGCAGGAAACUGGCGUCCAGUCUCCAGUCUCAGAAUCCGGGUCACCCGCGGCCGGUCCUCAUCCAGGUGGCUCAGCUGUGCAGGGAGAAGCAGCACAGCCGCGCCACCGAGCUGCUGCAGCAAUUCUCCGAGCAGCAUCCAGAGAGUGCGUCUGGCAUCAAACUGACGAUGGCUCAACUCUAUUUAAUACAAGGUCACGUAAGGAAAGCGUGUGAUGUUCUGAGGUCCAUUGAAGAGUUCAAGCACAAAUCGGGGAUGAUCUCAGCUCUGGUGACGAUGUACUCCCACGAAGAAGACAUCGACAGCGCCAUCGAGGUCUUCAAACAGGCCAUCGAUCACUACCAGUCUGAGCAGCCCGGAUCUGCUGUGCACCUGGCGCUCGUACGAGAAGCCGCCAACUUCAAGCUGAAGUACGGACGGAAAAAAGAAGCAAUUAGUGAUCUGGAGCAGCUGUGGAAGCAAAACACGAAGGACAUCCACACGCUGGCACAGCUCAUCUCGGCGUAUUCCCUGGUGGACACGGACAAAGCCAAAUCCCUCAGCAAACACCUCCCGUCUGCAGACACGAUGGCCUUAAACGUGGACGUGGACGAGCUGGAGAACUCCAUCGGCGCCACCUACGUCAGGAAGAAGGCUGCCAAGGUCACGGGAGAAAACCCUCCCAAAGAACAAAUCCAGCCGGGAGAGAUCAAGAAGAAGAAGAAGAAGAAGAAGAAAGGCAAGCGGCCAAAGAACUGCGACCUCAGCGCGACCCCUGACCCUGAGCGGUGGAUGCCCAUGAAGGAGCGCUCCCACUACAGAGGCAAGAAGAAGGGGAAGAAGAAGGACCAGAUAGGGAAAGGCACGCAGGGGGCGACGUCGGGCGCCACGGCCGAGCUGGACGCCAGUAAGACGGCCAGCAGUCCCCCUACCUCCCCCCGACCGGGGUCCGGAUCCUCCACGGGCCCCGCCACCACCGUGGUGCCCCCGCGACAGCAGAAACCCACGGCCUCGGGAGCCACGCGCAAGAAGGUACCACAGAAGAAGAAGAAGGGAGGCAAAGGAGGCUGGUAGUCGAAAGGAAAAGGGGGAGGCGCCCCGGGAAUCGGCCGACGUCUCGCCAAGAAAUCAUGAGCGGUUCUCUAUUUUUAUGUUUCUAGGUAAAUUGAACUUUUAUCCUGGCUACUCGUUUAUACACGUUAAACCAAAAGCUCCCCUCUUUACGUGCGUAACUCGAGGCGUUAAAAGAACCGGAGACGGUCAAUCAAAGGACGGAUCCGACGAAAGUCACUUUUUGUUGCUCUGCAAAAGCAGACGGUUUCUUAAGUUUGUUUUUUUAAUUUUUGACCUUCUCGAGUCAGUGAAAUACAAUAAAAUAAAUGAACUGCAGAUACUUAUUAUUUUUUUCUUCAUUAAAAAGGUCAGAUGAAUUGAGAAAAGGCUUUCUCUACUGUAACCUGGUGCUGAUGUCAUGAUAGGUCGGCUCCAAUCAGUGAAGUUUAAAUUACAUUAAAAUCACGUCUGUCCUUGACAUCAAGAAAAAUGUGUGGGACUUUAGAUUUUCAUCUUGGCAACACAACAUUAAGUCAUCUCUGUAUUUUAUCUUUCUUGAUUAUUUUAAAAUUGGAAAAACAAACUUCUGCAAAGUAAAAUGUUGGGUCUUUAAUAUUUCUUGGAUCUGAGUAUUAAAUAUCGUACUCUUGUUUCCUUUAAAAUUGUCCCUUUUGCUUUCAAUCAGCUGCAAUGUUGAAUAUUUAUUUUUGAGUCCGUGUGUUGCUCUAAAUUCAAGAUUUAAUUCAAAUUCUUGAAUUAAAUUCUGUCCAAUGCAUGUUUUAGGCCCAACCGGCGUCUGCUUUUGUUAAGUCUUAAUAAAACCCUUCACAAUGA